UUCCGUCUGUGAGCUGGCGGCAUGGCGGCCCUCACUGCCCCGGCCAAGCCGCUCCUGUCCCUGAACCCGCAGGAGGAUACCAAGUUUAAGAAGGAGGUGGCGCAGGUACGCCGGCGCGCAACCAAGCAACAGGAGAAACAAAAACUUACUCCCGGAGUAAUCUAUGUGGGCCACUUACCGCCAUCACUUUAUGAAACCCAGAUCCGAGCAUAUUUCUCCCAGUUUGGCACUGUUACGAGAUUCAGGCUGUCCAGGAGUAAAAAGACUGGAAAUGGCAAAGGCUAUGGCUUUGUGGAGUUUGAAUCUGAAGAUGUUGCCAAAAUAGCUGCUGAAACAAUGAACAACUACCUUUUUGGUGAAAGACUCCUGAAGUGUCAUGUUAUACCACCUGAAAAAGCACAUGAAGAACUUUUUAGAGAGUGGCACAUGCCAUUUAAAAGGCCGUCAUAUCCAGCAGUGAAACGAUACAAUCAGAAUCGGACGCUGCUUCAGACGCUACGGAUGGAGGAGCGAUUUAAAAAGAAGGAAAAAUCUCUCAGGAAGAGAUUGGCUACGAAGGGAAUUGAUUAUAGUUUCCCUUCAUUAGUCUUACAUAAAAAUGAGGAAAACACUUCGAACACUGGUCCUCAAAAUUCCAGAAAGCACCAGGCUUUACGUAAGAAGAAGAAAGCAGCUUCAGUCACUCCUAACACUCCUGAGAAGACCGUGGAGAGCCAGGGCCCCACACCAGCUUGUACACCAGCAUUUUUGGAGAAACGAAAAUCUGAAGUGGCUACAAUGAAUGAUGAUGCUAAAGAUAACGAGAUAGUUUUCAAACAGCCCAUAUCUGAUGUAGAAGGAGACACACAAGAGCCUCAAAUGCCUACACGUUCAAGGAAAAAAAGACGAAGAAAAAGCAACCACUGA